AUGGCCACCACGAACCAAGCAAAGGCUGGCCAGUUGCACUUCCUCUUUGUCCGCCAUGGCGAGACCCAAGACAACAUCGACCGUGUGCUCCAAGGCCACCGAGACACCGACUUGACCGACAAAGGACGUCGCGAAGCAGAAAUAUUAGCAGACAAACUGCGUGACCAGCAUAUCGACGCCAUAUAUUACUCGCCGCUCAGCCGCAUCGUGACGACCAUCACGCCCAUUCGCGCAGGCCGGGCAAACGUCCAGGUCUACCCCGACGAGGAUCUCAAAGGUCAGGCACUGGGCCAGUUGGAAGGACAGUCUUACGACACAAUUGACAUGGGCAACCCGAGAAGUGCGGACGGUCAGCCGGGGGUGGAACUAUUCGAUGAUUUUGUCCGGCGGCUCAAGAGGGUGUUUGCGCGUAUUGUCGGCCAACAGGCUCUCCAGGUCGGAUCACAGGAUCGUACCGUCAUGAUCGCCACGCAUGGGGUAGGCAUCACCUCCCUUUUCAAGGCUCUCGAGGCCAGCCCAUCAUGCCAGGGCUUUAAUCCCAAGCUCGCCACUCGAGGUCCAAAUGCUUUUGAGGUUCGGUGGACGGACAGCGACGAUGUUGCUCGGCUGGUCGUUCCGGACCCAACAAGUCUACCCAUCAAAGAUGGUGAACUAGACUGGUCCAGCGUUAAGGGUCAGCCGUUCUUGAUUGAAUAUUGGGGCAAGAAAGAGAAGGCAUUAUGA